CUACGUCAAUGCCAUGGCUUUCGUUCAUCUGCAAGAAAAGGCAGAUUUUACAAGACUUAGUAGGCUUUUGGUGGACAAAGGAACUGAGGCUUUGAGAAAUACUUUGGAUGCAAUACAUCCACCUGCUAACCUACCUGCUGUUCUUAAUGGAAACAAAAAAUCCCUUUUAAGGUUAAAGUUUAAGGUAGUUAAUGGUCACCAGUGGGAUUUACUGUUCCCUCCGUCCGGCAAUCCACCAGACUCGAAAACCUUUGAUGUUACAUUACUCAUGGUGCUCUUGCGGAACAUCUGCGGUUUACCCCCUCCUGCGACAGGAUGGAAUACGAUGCCUCCAGAUACAGAUAGAUCUCCACAAGCAAAUAUCACAAGAAUCAAGUUGUUCAGAAAUGAAGUUUAUGCUCAUGUUGCCUCAACUCAAGUGGAUAAAGCAACAUUUGAGAAUUUAUGGCAAAAAAUUUCUGAAGCAUUGGUGGACUUGAACAUUCCACAAAAAGAAAUUGAUGAUUUGAAAACUUGUCCCAUAGGUGCCGAGGAAGAAAUCUAUGUGCGGAGUCUUAAAGAAUGGUUCUUAAAAGAAGAAGAUUUUAAGAAUAUGCUCAUUGAUUUAACGACGAAAGUUAAAUUGGUCGAAAAGCAACUCACCCAGUCAAAUUUACAGCAAGAAAAUGACAGCGAUACCUUCACCACCUCAAUGCAACAUUUGACGCAAAUUACGAAGGAAAACCGUCAAGGGAUACAGCAACUCUGCCAGUUUAGUUCGAUGCAAAAUAAAAUCGAACGUCCAACAUGUGAUUCUAAGGAGGAUAAAGGCAAUGAAAAACUACUGCAAACGCUUGCAAAAAACAAUUUUAAGAGCAAAAUAAGAAGUAAAGUCAAGUUAUUUCACCCUGGAACCAGAGAUUGGUUAUUAAAGAAAGUUAAAAACUGGUUUACAACAGAAGAAGAAUCAAGUUUAUUGCUCAUAACUGGCGGGCCUGGUUUCGGCAAGAGUGUCUUUGCAGCGAAAGUUUGUGAAAUCUUUAGAGAGAAUGGAAAUUUGGCUGCAUGUCAUUUUUGUGAUUUUAGCAAUUCGAAUCUAAAAGAUCCUAUGAUGAUGAUGCAGUCUCUCGCAAGUCAGAUGUGUGAAAAUGUCCCUGGCUUUAAAGAAAAGCUUCUUGAUCAGUUAAAACGGCCUCAUAAAGUCAAUAGCCUAAAAGAUGCGUUUCAAAUAUAUUUUCAGAAUCCGCUUGAUGAGUUGGAAGUAGAACCCAGAUUAAUUGUGAUCGAUGGCUUAGACGAAAGUGCAACCGAUGAUAAAAGCGACAUGGUGAAAUUGAUUGCUGAUCAUUUUGUAGAUCUCCCGAAGUGUGUGAAGGUCCUGGUCACCAGCAGGCCGGAGAUUUCCGUAGUGAGACUGAGCUGCGCUAAAACGAUAACAAUUGAUGCAAGUAAUAACGACAAUGGAUCAGACCUUCUAGAAUAUCUAAAAGUCUGUCUUCCAAGUCUUGCAGCCAGGGAUGUAGUGAAUCUUUCAACAGAAAUCCACAAUUAUAACUCGCAUGUUAAAGUUCUUCCCACGAUUGUUACAAAGUGCGAGGGUUCGUUUCUGUAUGCGUUUCAUGUUCAGCAUGAGUUGUGUAAACGUGAAGAUCUCGACAGGAUAACGCUUGAAGAGAUUAUGUUUUUUCUUCCUGAAGGAAUGGGAUCUGUGUACAAGGAAUAUUUUCAUCGCCUUGAGACGGAGCUUGAAGCCGCAAUGAAGAAGAAAGCUGACCUUUUUAAGCUCUUGGAAAUGCUUGUAGCUAUUGAAAUACCUCUUCCUCUCACGUUUUUAUCUCGGGCUUUUGAUUUAGCUCUUGAUUGUCGUGAAACAAUAAAAGUUAUUGAGAAAGUCAACGAGGCCGUAUCGUGCUUGUUGUUUGUAUCGGAUGAUGAAGUGACCGUUUUCCACAAAUCUGUGUAUGAUUGGCUACUAGCGAAUGGCUAUAAAUAUCACGAGUAUGCUGUGAAAGUUAGUGAUGGGAAGGAACGUCUUUGGCUAGUAUGCGAACAGAUUUUUGAGGCAAUACGAAGGAAUGUUAGUUCAGGGAACGAGUUAAAGCUAACGAAGGACGUCAAGCAUGCUCUCGACUAUGGUUAUAAAUAUUUACUGGCGUGCAAAAAGAAGGAUAGUUUUUCAUGGCUUGUUGAUAUGGUAAUCGUACAUGUGUAUUGCAAGGUAUAUCCCCGAAAUUCUUCUUUACAACGCGUGUGGGAGGAGGUUCUUCGAAGCGAUUUGGUUAUAAGCCGUCAUUUACGACAACGAAUUUCAUUGAAUCUUACUGAAAUUUGCGAUGUAAGGAACCAUAGAGUCUUCAAUAUAUACCCAAAGAUGAAGUUUACGAGCCCUUUUUCAUAUUUAGAAGCUGUCCUUGAUCAUUCCCCGGAAAGGUGUUUAGCUGAUAGCGAGAGGAAAACUGCAGACCAGCUUUUAGCAAAAGUUCCUCAGUACGUAAAGCGUAAUUCAGUUGGAGCGAGAUAUGUGAACCUGCGUCUAGCCAAGCCUUUUUCAUCUUCCAUUAAAGCUGUUGGCGUGUCAUUCAGUAAGACGUUAAAAUUAGCUGCUGUUGCGUUGGCUGAUGGAAUAAUCUGUGUCUUGAGCCUGCCAGAACUUGUUGAAUUAUGGCAGUAUUCAACCGGGAACUACGACAUUCCAUGUUGCACAUUUGCUCCAGAUGAUUCUUUUGUUUUGUACGGAGAACUAGAAAUGGCACUUAGCGUUGCGGGGCGAAAGGGAGUAUCAUUUUUUAAUGGAAAAGAGGAAAGGUUCAAAUCUUGUUCGUUUUCUCCGAGCGGCAAUAGGUUGGUAACCAACGAUGGUUCAAGAACAGUAAAGUUAUGGGAUGUUGUUGGACAGUGUUUAUUAACUCUUCUUUGUGCAAAGGAGGAUUGUUUUCACUUCUGCCGUUUCAGCAGCACAGGACUCUUUAUUAUAGCGGAUCGAAAAACUGCCUAUGAUCGUUCGUACUGCGUGUGGAGCUCAGUAACGUUCCAAAGAGUCGAUCAAAGGAGCUUGUCUGCUGGCAAGCAUAUACAAAGAGUUGGUGUGUUAAAGAAUGAAAGAUGUGAUCGUUGCUUUCGGGAAGAACGUAAAGAACUAAUUGCUUCCAACGAGUCACUAUCCUUAGUAACCUUUGGAUCUCUCACUCCAGAAGUCUUUACUGGAAUUUACCAUGGAGUGCAUUGUAACUUUUAUUGGUAUAAUCAGUCUUUGCAUGUCAUCGAAGAUACACAUUUCACGACCCUGGAAGCAUGGCAAAUUUUUGCCGCAUUUGUUGAGGAUCGUGGUCAGACACCCGUUGUUGAUAUUACAGCGAUUGAAGAUGACCUUUGGCUGUAUGGCUGUGAUAAUAAGAUGAUUGUGUUCGGCACAGUGCCUCGAAAAGGAGAUCAAUCAUGUCUGUCACGUCCGUCGCGUGUUCUUUGGUGUUCAUUUCUCCUGAUGGUACUCGACUUGCCACCUGUACAUCGGAUGGAUUUGUCAAUUUAUGGAAUGUCGAUAACUGCAAAGUUUAUCAACGUUUUAGAAGCAAUGUUGAAACGUCGUCAGCUGCUUGUUUUUGGUCAGACAGGUACUUGUUCGUUUUCCAUUUAAAUCGCCGUGAGAUUCCCAGCUUGUGCAAAUAUCCAGUUGAUGAAAACCUAAAGAUCAAAACUACUCAGAGGCAAUUAGUACCACUAUGUCCCGUGGCAAACGAGUUUUUACGUUUUCCUGGAAUGGUGGACUUUUCGUACGGUUACCUUAUUUUUAAUUGUUUUGUUAAGGAACCUGUGAAAGUUCUCGAUGUCAACGGAAUUGGGGACCCCAAACCUGUCGUCUUGCCUGAAAUCGAGUCCCUUAUGCCCAGGAGAAUAGCAGUUUCGGCCGGUGCUUCAUUUGUUCUAGGUACUGAUAACCGCAGUUUCUUUCUUUGGAAGAAAAGUGAAGGUCUUCCAGCUCGUUAUGAAUUACAUAUUUGCGAUCGUUUCAGUCAGUUUAUCCGUGCGACUUUUUUCAGUCAUGAUUCGAAAUACGUUGUAUUUUCUUUAGAGCAACAUUGUGUUGUUAUCGACAUAAAUACUAGUAUUAUAACCAGUAAGAUAGAUCUCGAGAAUGUACCAGAAGCUUUUUGUCUGGAUGCAAGAGUGUUUUGUACUAACAGGGUAGUAAUUCGUGUCAUUCCUAACUUAAUACAAAUUUAUGAUUUGGAGAGUUUCAAAGGUCUCAGAUCAUCGUUUCAACGGAAUCUUACCAAAGACUUAGUAAUUCGUUCAAAACUAUCUCCAAAAGGAAAUAUCCUUGCGGUUCCCAGGCUAACUGGUGAUAUGGAUUUCUUUCAAUUAUGUAAUCCGCAAUCCUCUUCAGUGUCUAUUGGAUAG